GCGGUAUAUCUGACUGAGCACACAGGAAACGGAAUCACCAUCCUCACCCACUCAAGGACAUCAUCAUGGCCGUCGCCACCAACUGCGCGCACUCCUUCAAGAUGAUCAAGUCAGACAACACACUUAUCCAAUGGACAUGUCACCUAUGCCACUCGGGACCGCAUUGGUGGAUCUUCGAGUGCCAAUACUGCAAGCUGAAGACAUGCCGGGCCUGCGCCCACAAUGUCUAAGAAUGGACAUCAAUGGGAAAGCAAGGUGUGUUCGGGCCGUGGUAAGUGAGUGCAGC